CGCCUCCAACAGGCCACGCCCCUCCGCCCCGCCCACUCCGCGGCUCCCGCGUGCACUGAAGAUGGCGGCGGCGGUGGGAAGGUUGCUCCGGGCCUCGGUUGCUGGACAUGUGAGUGCCAUUUCUCGGGGCAUUUCUGCCACUGCAGUCCUUAGGCCUGUUGCUUCUAGAAGAACACAUUUGACAAACGUACAGUGGUCUGGCUCUGCUCUAUCAAAAUUCACUUUUAGUACCAGCUCCUCCUACCAUGCUCCUGCUGUCACUCAGCACGCGCCCUAUUUUAAGGGUACAGCUGUUGUCAACGGAGAGUUCAAAGAGCUAAACCUUGAUGACUUUAAAGGGAAAUACUUGGUGCUUUUCUUUUACCCUUUGGAUUUCACCUUUGUGUGUCCUACAGAGAUCAUUGCUUUCAGUGACAAAGCCAAUGAGUUUCACGACGUGAACUGUGAAGUGGUUGCAGUCUCGGUGGAUUCGCAUUUCACCCACCUUGCCUGGAUCAAUACACCCAGGAAGAAUGGCGGUUUGGGCCACAUGAACAUUGCUCUCCUGUCGGAUUUAACCAAACAAAUUUCUCGGGACUAUGGUGUGCUUUUGGAAGGUGCUGGUCUUGCACUCAGAGGUCUCUUCAUAAUUGACCCCAAUGGAGUCAUCAAGCAUCUGAGUGUCAACGACCUGCCCGUGGGCCGGAGCGUGGAGGAGACCCUGCGCCUGGUGAAGGCAUUCCAGUUUGUGGAAACCCACGGAGAAGUCUGCCCAGCAAACUGGACACCAGAUUCCCCUACAAUCAAGCCAAGUCCAGCGGCUUCCAAAGAGUACUUUGAGAAGGUGAAUCCGUAGAUCAUCCCCCGUGCCCUGCAACUUCUGAUGCCAGGAGAGAGCCACAGCUGGAGCCUUUUUAGCAUUGCAAAGAUGAUUAUUUAUAGAAGGAAAAACCUAAUGAUGCUUGUAUUUAUAUAUAUCACUCUAAAUGUUUUUGUUUCUGUGACACUGGCUAAGCCUUUCUAACAGUAGUUGCUUAACAUCAGGAGUCACUGGGAUCAUCUUGAAGGCCUGGCUUCUGUUUCUUAGAUCAUGUCUUUAGUGGAUAAAGGAAACACUCUUUAGCCUUACUUGUACCUUUGUCUACGUCUAAGUAGCACAAUAAGUGCUUAAAGCUUCUGAUCAAUGGUCCUGAAAAUUUCUUCUUGAAUUUCUUUGUAUUAAACUGCUUUUUUUUUUUUUUCAAGGUAACAGAGAUCAUAAGUUUUACAUUAUUAACCUUAGCAGUCCAAGUUAACUCUCAAAAUGGAGAUAUAUGUGAUGGAAAGAACUGUGAAUCAUGUUAUUUAAAAAACAUGGUGGCAAAGUGACGUAACUGAUCAUGCAUGAUCCCUAUCCCUGAGGUUUAUUGUUUACAUAGUUGAUGAGGUGUGAUUAUAAAGGAUAUAUAUUGAAUUAUUAAACCCAGGGAUUGCUUUGAAAUUAUUUUAAUUAUUUGCUUUCUUGAAGUGCUCAAAGUGAUAUGUAUCAUAAAAAAUAAACAUUUAAAAAUA